CGUGCUUUCUCCGGUGGCCAUCUACAAGUGAACCAUCUUCAACAUGGUAUCAGCUCCCAGACCUUCAAAGCCCAGGUUGCUGUUGGAUCGUGGUUCAACACGCCUCUUAUGCCGGACCUUGGUGUCGCGACGAAUAUCAUGCGGCAGAAGAUGGCAAAGGGCAAGGAAAAAGAAAUGGGCAGGCUGGUGUCAUCAAAAUCGACUCUGAUUGAGAUUGUGUAG